GUUUGCGACCUUUCUAAAAAUAAUUGUCCCAAGAGUUGACUAGAAUAUUCCUGAACUUUGAUUCAAUUAUAUUAGGCGUGCCAAAUCAGCGCGGUUCUUAGUUUUAAAUACAACAGUGCGCAGUGAAAUAAUACUACGAAAAAGUGCAGCAAAUAGUGCUACGAUGACCGAGAAUCUAAAGGAAAAGUUUAUCAUUGAAAAAAAUGAUAAAGUUGGAAGGUAUACGGUGGCAAGCGAAGAUCUCAAACCUGGUCAGCUGAUCUUUGAGGAGUUGCCUUUUGCUUAUGGCCCAAAAUCAGAUACGUACUGUAUGUGCCUGGGUUGCAGUGCCCAUGUGGAUUGCACCAAUUUAUGCUCCAAAUGUUCCUGGCCAGUGUGUUCUACAGAGUGCGAAAACUUACCGGUGCACAAAGACAACGAAUGCCAAGUGUUCGCUAACGCUAACGUAAAAUUCCAAAGUGUCAACGACCCCAGCGAAAUUUGCUUGCAGUACGAGUGCAUAACACCCUUAAGAGUUCUAUUGGCGACGGAAAAAGACCCAGAGAGAUGGAAGACCGAGGUCCAGAUCAUGGAACACCACAACGAAGAAAGGAAGAAAAGGCCCAUCUGGCAAUUCAACCAAACAAACGUUGUCGACUAUCUCAGAGGACCUUGUAAAUUAGAGCGGUUUUCCGAAGAUUUAAUUCACACCGUUUGCGGCAUUUUGGAAAUUAACGCGUUCGAAUCGCGAACACCCAGCGGAUCCAUGCUUAGAUGUUUGUACCCCAAACUUGCCAUCAUGUCGCAUAAUUGCGUUUCCAAUGUGCAUCAUGCUAUAGAUUGUGCCGGAAAAUUUGACAGCAAAGACUUCAGAGUUUUCGUAAGAUCAGCAACAGACGUAAAAAAAGGAGAAGAAUUAUACAGCAGCUACACCUAUUCUCUAUGGCCCACAAUAGUUAGGCGCGAGUAUUUAAGGGAAAGUAAAUUUUUCGACUGCACUUGUCCCAGAUGCUCCGAUAAAACCGAAUUGGGCACCCAUAUGGGCACACUGAAGUGCCAAAAGUGCGACAACGGCGUUAUAAUGUCCACAAAUCCCUUAGACAACACUUGUGAAUGGAAGUGUACGCAUUGUGAGUUCAAAACAAACGGGGUGGCUGUCAGAAAAGUAUUUGCGGCAAUUCAGGCAGAUAUAGACGGGGUGGAAGGUUUAUUUGGGGCUGAGGGUAUAGAGGCUAGAGAGGCUCUAUUCAGGAAGUACAGAUCUGUUGUGCACCCUAAGAAUGCCUAUAUGACCAUACUGAGAUCUUCUUUGGUUCAAUUGUACGGAAACUCUGAAGGUUAUACCGUUGACGAUCUUCCGGAUCUUCUUUUGGAGCGAAAAAUCGAGCUCGCGAAUCUCCUGAUGGAGGUUCUGGAUAAAAUAGAGCCCGGAUUCUCCAGGAUUAGAGGCAUCACUUUGUAUGAGCUCCACGCCCCGAUUUUGAUACUGGCCCGCCACCAGUACCAAAGCGACUUGAUAAACAAAGAGGCCCUCGAAAAACAAAUGAAGGAAGCCUUGCAUACUUUGGGGAAAGCGGCUGAAAUCCUCAAAAAUGAACCUUUGAGUACUCCGGAAGGACAAAUAGGUCAACUGGCCCAAAUGGCGCAUCAACAACUGACUGAGAAUUUCGAUUUGAUGGUUGAAAAUGCCUAAAAUAGUUAUGUUAUAA